GCCUCCCCUCCGACGACGUCAUGGGGUGAAUAACAGAAGUACUUAAGCCCACCCAGUUUUGGGAAACGCCCCACAUAUUCUCUCGCCAUGUUCAGAAACGCAAUAACAUCUGUCUCUCGACCUCUCGCUCUGCAAGGCGCACGAGCACUUCAUUCAACUCCCGUUGCAUCCAAAACAGUUACGGAGAAGGUUUCCGAAGUCGCCGACAAGGUCAACAAGAGCGUCGGAAAGGGACUCGCAUCUGCCAUUGACAAAGGAGAGAAUGUUGCUCAGUCGACUAAAGAGGUGAUGGGAUCCGCAUCGCAACAAGCAAAGGAGAAAGGAAACGAAGCAUAUGACGCAGCAUCGCAAAAAACGAAUCAAGCUACAGAGAAAGGCAAGGAAGCUUCCAACACCGCGUCGCAUAAAGCAAAUCAAGCUGCUGCUGGUGCACGACAGGCAAGUGAAGAUUUCAAAAAGGAAGUUCGAAAGUAGGCGCGGAAUUGGACUUGCAUGGAACGAAUUUUGCAUUGUACAAUAGUUAUUCUCACAGCACGUAAUUCACAACCUUCCCGGGUUUGUCAGUGUACAGCUAUUGUGCAUUUAUCCAAUACUUCACUGCAAGGACUCGGGAAGGUGUAAGGGAUGUCCAGG